CGCGAUCACGGCAGCGCAGGACAGAGGUAGAGAGGCGGAGCUAGAGAGGCGAGGUAGAGGGAGAUCAUCCAUUGGCGCCCAGCAUGGGGCCCGGAGCGAUGCUGAUGCUGCUGGUGGCGGCGGCGGUGGCGGGCAUCACCAGCGCCAACAUCGCCCUCGCCGGCCCAUACGCUUUGAAGGUGGUGGACUUUGGCGCCUGCGACGACGGAGGGGAGUACCCGGGGAUGUUGGUGAACAUUUCGCUGAUCUUCGACGAGGCGGCGAACGAGACGGCCUACUCCGGGGACUUUGUCUACAACUACGACUACUUGGCGGACGACUGCUUGAUGGAGAUCACCGUUUACAAGUGGGGCAGUACUGGCGGAUGGGGUAGAUUUUACAACUUGACCUUCACCAGACCAUUUGACUACUUGGUGACUAACUUCCCGGCCGCCAUGGAGUCUAUCUGGUUCCCGAUGGGGAUCACAAAGAAGCCUGUGCCUCCGGGCACCUACUACAUGAAACGACUCUGGACACGACCGAUCACCCUAAAAAAUUUCCCUGCCUUACCUUACGGGAAGUUCAAAUUGUACAUGAAGGGUGUGAAGGACGGCAAAAGACAAGUUUGUGCCCAGAUGAUUGUCGAUAUCUACGAAGUCGGAGCUUUCCGAGCUCUGGGAUACAUUCCAACUUUAGCAGGUCCAGUAUGGGGCCGAAGCUGAUCAACACGCACUUCAGCGACGUGUGUGCUUAGGUUGUGGCCCCGCGUAGCGUCUUAUUUACAGCUGAAGUAAGGAACUGCAGUG